UGGGGCGGAGGGUGGGUAGCUGGGGUAGCUGGAUCGGUCAGUCAGUCAGUCAAGCCUGGCGCACACACGACGUGAUCGAUGGUGCCAGCCAAGCAGAAAUCCAGCAACACAGCGCGUAUCGCGACUGUGACGCAGAAAAAGAAGCGCCAGACUCUGCAGCAAACAAGCUGUCGGAGGCAGGAAUCGUAAUCGGAAUCGAGCUCUGGGGGCACUAGAUUCGUCUGAUCGUGUGAGAUGCCUGGGCAACUCCUGGCGUAAAUCGCCAGUUUAUAACUUUCAGAUUCAAGCCUGUCUUCGCCCUGAGGACCUAUUCAGGAACUUCUGGGGGCCGCUCAUGCAGACAGGAGCACUGCACAGGCGGUCUGAGGCACCCUCGUUUGCCGACUGAGCUGAGGGGCCUCCCCGCACAACCAAAAAAAACGCGAGAGAUUCUUGGGGCUGAAGGAAGAGGCUAGCCAAUCAGCCAUAGACGGCAGGGACACAAACGCCAACCCCACCGUCCAGGGCACGACGGGCCACUAUCUGCAAGAGACGAUGAGGAAACUGCCCAAUCUGCACACGCUGGACGAAGGAGGCUCCCGUAUCGAAAGAUCCGCGAAGGCUAUUAUGAUUUACUUAUGGCCCUGCUCAAGCAGAUCCGGAUCUUGUAAUUGGCGGCCGCCCCGCCCUCUCUGUUCCAGAGGGGCUGACGGGGGAGCGCGCGAAGCGGCAAGGAUAGCUCUAGUUGACUUCCCUGGGCGAUUGUACCAUCGACGCCCGAACUGAAACACACGCUGUGUCAAACUCGAUGGUCAUGGGCAAGCGGGGCAACGGGCAAGCACCUUCCGCCACGCCGCGGCCGCCGCUCAGCAGCUGGGCAAGCUCAGCGUCUGCUGCUUCGUCCGACGCCGUCGAGCUGCUGCCCGCCGUGUACCCGUCCUCGGCGGAGCUCGCCGCGGAGAGACUCUCCUUCUACUCGUACUCGUCGGUGCGCGAACCGCUGUCGGAGGACACGCACAGCUCCUCCUUGUCGGGCUCGGGCUCGGUGCUUGCCCGCCGAACUGGCGCGACCAGCUUGGGCGCGGGCUUCGGCGCAAGCGGAGGCCGGCCCUUGCCGACGCGCGCGCCCCUUCGCGGCUGCACUGCGGGGGCCUUUGGCGACGCGGCGCGCGGCGGGCAGUGCCGGCCAGCAGCCAGUGGUGGCCAGCAGCCAGCGGCAACUGCCAGCAGCAAGCGGCCUCGGGUCCCUGGGCGUUUGGGCAAGGGCAAUGGCGAACGGGCAAAGAGCGAUCGCACGUUGCAGCCAGGCCCCCCCGUCAAGCCGGCAGGUGUCCCGCCCGAUAGCGGUCCCCAUUGCGGCCAAGGUCGAGCCAAGCCUGCCAUGGAGUGCGAAGGAUCUCACUGCGCGCGUUUCUCGCGCGCGCGCGCUCAAUGUCCAUCUGUCUUGGAGCCGAGAAUAUAGCGCAGAAGAUCGGCCGUGCCUGAAUAAACCGGCAACGCGUAUUUCGAAACAGCCACGGUCGUGGCCGAAAGCACAA